CUAAGUGAAUAAAUGUAAAUGUCUAAAUCCAGUGGACUGCUGCAAACUAUAGAACUUCCUUUCGAACCCUGACCUUGGAGUGUGGGGACCCCUUGCAGCAGGAAAACCAAGCCUGUUUGUUUGUUUUUUGUUUGGAAAAUCAAAUUAUCUGUUCAGGGAUCGUCUCCGAUGUUCACACGAGAAUCUUCCCGCGGACACUUUCUCAAGGGGAUCCGGCUGUACCAUGCGGUCAGUGCAUUUGAAGCCGUCGGGCCAACCGGAGGCGGUCUCAUCCCUCUGCUUCGCUGCUUAACUGGACCAGCCAAUUGAUCCAAGAGCAAGACGUCUGCAGCAGCUUCUUCAUUAAUGGAUUGACUAACCGUAGCCUGUAGGUUGGGAACUGCCCAUGUUACUGCCAGUUUUUACCCCUUUUCUAUUUGGAGGGCUGAGUUUCGGGGCUCUGAAGAUGGUGCUCGGUGGCGUUUCUGACAGUUCCCUUGGGUGGACUGAACGGUCAUCUUAAGCAGUCCAGGUAUCAAGGUCCUGCAGUAGGGCACCCCCUGCAGAUGAGUCCCGCUCCUUGCAUGUGAUGCGCGAUGGCUCCGAUCCCGAAUGCCUUGUGGGACGCAGAGGUCAUGGGGGCAGGGGCGCAGGCGGGCGGGCAUCUGGUGUUCGUGGGCACCCUCACCGCCUUGUCGGCCUUCCUGCUGCUCCUCGCGCUCCUGCUGCUCUGCGCCAGCUGUCAAGGACAAAAGAAAACCACCGGGCACACUGGAGACCACGAUAACCUGAUGAACGGGAUGUCUGAAAAAGAGGCAUUCACCCAGUCGGUUGAAAGUGCUGCAACUGAUCUGGUGGCCAGCAGCUCCCAGAAUGGACCCCUAACAAGCGGUACAGUGCUUACGGAUGACACUUUGGACAACAGUCCCCAGCCCUCUGAAGACAUGCUGUCCAGUCAGUCGGAGCUGAGGUCUUCCAAGUGUCCCCAGGACCGUCAGCUGCCUAGUAUUCCUCCCACCGGGACCCAAGAGGGGUCUGCUGCAGACCCCCAGGCGGCCAGUGGGGAUGGGACCUACGAAGUGGUGAAGGAGAGCGCCUCCCGAGACGUCAGCGUAGAGGAUUCCCUCUAUGAGACCGUCAAGGAGCUGAAAGACCCUGAGCGCAGGGAGCUGCCCAAUGGCACUUCUGCCCCGGUCCUUGGCGGGGAGCCCUGUCCACCUGUGCUCAACGGGGGUCUUAGCCCUGGAAGCCGCGCCCGGGCACCGCUCUCAGAGGGCGCAGAGUACGCAUCCGUUGAUCUUAACAAGAAGAGUCGCUACAGCGCAGACCUGGAAUCCCGGCGCUCGGCCCCGCCCCCAGCAGAUGAGCCUGAGGAGUCCGAGGAGGAGCGACCGCCGCCCAUCCCGGACAAAGUGCUAGAUGAGAACGAGAACCAGCAGCCGGCCCAGGGGUCCGCAGAGGGCCUGCAGAAUGGAGAGGUAAACCACUUGCCACCGUCGACAUCCAUCAAUGGGGACCCUCAGCUUUCGGAGAAAGAGCUGUCUGCCUUGUACUCCUCCAUUGCGAAGCCCUCCGUGGUCCAGAAGGAGAACGACUACAGCAGCAUUGGCGAAAUAAAGAGUGAAAUUUCACAGAGUCUGUCUGAGUCGGGCUCCGGAGACCUGUAUGCCACGGUGAAGGACAUUAACUGGCAUCCCGAGCCAGGUGGUCUCCCUGAGCAUCAGGAGGACAGUCCCGAGCCUGCAGAUCCCGGCUACGAGACUAUUAAGAUUGCGGCAUCGGGAGACAAGGAUGCUGGAACUGGGAAGGAGGCCUUGGCCCAGAGGGAGCCUGAUUAUGAGAGCGUGGGAGACCUGGAGCUCAACAGGGAGAUCUCCCGACUCUGACUGCCCUAGUACCCGCACCCCAGCCAGCCGGCGGGCCUUCGCUGUUACUCCAACCCACCUGACUUUUAUCCAUGCAUACAAAAUAUUACCAUUUCCCAUUGUAUUUUAUGAUUGUAAGCAUAUGGGGGAAGUGUCCUGCCUUCUGUGAUGUUGCUAACUUGAGGUACUUCUCCUUUCGGUCAUGGAGGUCCUUAGCAGACCCGUCUAAUGUGCACAUCACUGCCAUAAGAUGUCUGCAUCGGCACAGCAUUUUAGCAGUUGUCUGCGCAUAGGGGGGCCAUGAGUGUGACCAUGCUGACAAUCGUGCAGAACAGCACAGGAUACAACGAUAGGCGAGAGUCACAGUGAAAAAAGACCGAUCUAAAGAUCUAUUACCAGCUCCUAGGACAGAGAUGGUUAAGAAAAAUCCUUGCUACACUAAGAACGCAUGUAUAUUUUGGAGACACAGUAAGUACUUGUGCAGCUAUAGGAGAACAUUUUAUCUGGUGGAAGAAUAAUGUGUGCCCUCACACCUUUUGGUGCACAGAUAUUCUUUUCCACUUUAAAUGUGAUGUGUUGCCUAAUGCCUGCAUCUCUUCUGGAUGUGUGCACUUUCUACAUUAAUAGAUUUGAUUUAUCGAAAGAAAAAGGAAUUUAAUCAGACCAUGUUUAUUUACAAUCAAGGCUUUUAAAAAUAUUUUUGUAUUUCUGUAUGUGUUUGGAUUUUACUCCUUUCUCUCCUAAAUUUACUGUAGUCAGCUACCCGAUCACCCAGUUUAUAUGUCUCCCCCCUUGUAGCACAACACACUCAGCUAUACACCCGGGCACACGUAUGGUGAGCCGCCAACUUCUCUUCAGUCUAUAGCCUGCAAGCUUUGUCAGGCAGUAUAACAUGACUGUGGAAGAGCAUCAUAUGCCCCAUUCUGCCUGCAGCCUUUUAGCUAUCUGGGUGUCUGAAUGCAUCAUUGUGGAGAAAACCCCAACCAUCUUGCACAGAAACACAGGCCAGUUUAUGUUCCCAGGGUCUCCUCAAUACAGACGGCUGGUGUUGCACAACGGAAAUUUCAGCCCGGACCCCUCGCUAUAUGGGGCACGACAAUUUACUUUGAUAAUGAUUUGUCUCAGUGUUUGCUGUGAAAUACAUAUACUGAAGUCACAGCUGAAACCAAGUGGGACUGCUGAAGAAUGUAUCGAUGAUGGAGUUGUGCUGUUCUUGGACUCCUUAUGCUGUAUAUCAACUUCAGUGACAAGUAACACUCAACAUAUUAUGGUACGCAAUACCCUCACGUGACUGUGUGGUUCAGAUGGGCUUAUUCAAGCCCUCACAACGAAGGAACGAUGCGACCACACCUUGUGAUGCUGGAAUUAGGAAAAUCUUUUGAAAUUUAGAAACUACAGUUCAUAACAUUAACCUUGUUUUAUUUGUGACAACACAAAGUUAUUUAUCCGUCAGGUGUCCGCUGGCUUUUGUUUGCUCACCGUAGGUACUGUACACGCGUACAAGGGUCAUGUGAAGGGUUCCGAAGCACAAAGAGAAUACAGUGUGGUACUAUGACAAAAAUCCUGCCAAAUUACCCAUCGUGUAGAUUACCCUCAUUGAAAAGGAUAAUUGGUUUUAUGACAGAGGGAAACCACAUACACAUCACAUCAGAUGGCAUUGCCCUGCCAAAGAGAACUCAUUGUAUUUAUCAUAUUCUGGUUUAUUGUAACAAAUGGCUUUCUUGCCUCACUGGCUUAAAUGUGACAAAUAUAAUAGCACAUUUGAAACAUGCCUUUGUUAACUUUCAUUGACAUAAAUGAGCACAUAGUAUGCUGUUUCCAGUGUCAUGUUACCAAGGGAAAUACUUAAUCUUGUUUUCUGUAACUGCGCCAAAGGAAGAUGUUCAUUGUUUUGCUUAUCUGGCUCUUAUUUUUAGUCUUGUGAGUGUUCCUGCUCAAAGAUCUAGUGCUAGUUCCAUCAUGGUACAUGGGAGUGUACUUUUCUGUUAUAAGACAAAACUAUUAUUCUAUCUGGCAAUCUGUUAUAAUGCCUGUUUAGGUGUAUUUUAUCUAAUCACGGUACAUUGCAUUGGUACUGGUAAUAAUAAUGAACAGCAUUGUUAAUAUCCAGGUACUUCUAUUUAGGAGUUUUGAUGUUGUUGAAUUGUUGUUAUGCUUUCUAUGCUUCGCUUCAAGCUAUCUUGAAUACGUGCUUAAAACUAUAAAUGGGUAUUGAAAAGACAACUUGUUAAAGGUAUUUAACGAGGAUAAAUGACUGUUGCUUUGAAACAAUACAACUUAAAUUAUAUAUUAGAGCACAGUAUUUCACAGGAUUGUAUUCAAUAUAUCUGUACUUCACAAACUUUACAAAUGGAUUAAUAGUACUGACAACAAUUUAUAUCUGCAUUUUUGCUAUUAAAUUGUUUUUUAAGAUGUCAGACUGAAUACAUAUAAAAUUAAACUUGACUACAGUGCGACGUUUU